AUGGACAACGAUGAUAACACCAUCACCAACCACGACGAUGCUGAUACCAACAACAAUGCUGAUACCAACACCGCCACUAACCAGCAACAGCAACACGCUGAUACUGAAGUCGACCCCGAACACGACCUCCGUCUCGCAGAGCAACUCAUAGCCCAGCACGCAAACCCAGACCACCCCUCCAAUGUCCAGCCCGACAUCACCUCAAUGCUCCACGAGGCCGCCGCCGCCGCCGGCAUCUCCCUCGACAGUCUCGCGGCUGAAGUGCCCGGCUUCUUUGGUCACGAUCUCGAUAAUAGUCAGGCUGUCGAGCAAUCAGUCUUGCAGACUCAACCCGACCAGCAGCAGACUGAUACCCACCCUGCUGCUCCUGAUCAGCCCCCGCAUGACGCAAACGUUGAUAACCAGCUGCCUCACCUCGACUUUGCUCAUGACCUACACUUCACUCAGACCGAUCCAUCUUCCUUCGAUCCGCAGCACGAGCAGCAUCAGCAGCAGCAAGAUCAAGAUGAGCAACAGCAUUUCGAAGUAUCCGAGCACUUCGACGCCUCUGUUACCUUCGACCACGCGCCCGACGACACUACCCUCGAUGCUUCUCACUUUGAUCUGCCUGACUCCAAUGAGCAGCAGCAGCAGGAGCAACAGGAGCAACAGCAGCAAGAACCUCAGCCCGAGGAAGAGCAAAUCGAGCUCUCCGAAGCCCUUCAAGCACAAGUCGCCGCCCUGGCCCUCGAGCUGCAGCAGAGCGGUCUUGAGAAUCUGUCGCCCGAGGAACUGCAGCAGCAUGUCAUGGAGAGACUUCUCGCCGGUGACUUUGGCCUCGCGCAGGAAUCUGAGCAGCAGCCUGAUGAAGUCCCCGCCGAGCAACCCGAGCAGGCACAACCGCGGCCAUCAGAUACUCCAGCUGUUGAAGUGCAAGAGCAACCUGCCGAGCAAGAUGCUGCACAGCAAGAUGCCGCCCCGGAGCACGCGCACGCUGAUAUGGAACUUCCGCAUGAUCAGCAGCUCGUCAACGCCCUAGCCGACCACGAUCGAUCCAUAGCCAUCGACCCCGCAUUCCAAACCGUCGAGCACCAACCUUCCGAGCCCGCUCCUGCCGACUCUCAACCCAUCGACGCCAGCCAGCAAGACGGCGAGCAGCCUCAAGAUGCCGUGGUCGCCGCCGACGGCGAAACCGGGAUCAACAUCGAGCAGCUCAACGAGAUCAUCAUGGGCAUGGAUCUCAGCGACCCUGCCACCGCCAUCGCGCAACUGCAGGCUGCGACCCACAUCGACCCCGCUACGCUCUUGCAGGCCGUCACACAGGCGCUGACUAGCGUCUUGGGCGGCGAGGACGAGGUCUAUGAUGCAGACCUGCUGGGCGAAGAUGGUACGCCUGUCCGACGGAAACGCGAGCGGUCGAAAAAGUCGACGCCGGCUACGCCUCAGCAAAAGCAGAAAUUGAAGGUGCUCAACCGUCUGCGCAAGAAGCGAUGGCGUCAAUUUAAUGACGAGAGAAACAAGGACAACGAUCUCAGAUGCCGUCUCUACCGCCGCGCGGACGCCAUCUUUGGCAAACUUCCAAGCGACGACAAGUCCCGCUGGAUCGAGACCGAAUUCCACGCCCGCCGCGAGAAGCGCAUCGCGCGAAUGCAGCGCGAGGCCGCGCGCAACUUUGGCAGCGGCGCGGGCGGCAUGGCUGGCGGUGCGCUGAGCGGGCUGUUUGGCCAGGCUGGGAUCGGAGAGGAGCUGCAGGCUGCGUUGGCGGAGAUUAUGGGGCGCGAGUCGGAUGUGGAGAAGUUUAAUAAUAUGCUUUUGCAGUUGGCGAGGGAUCCGAAUUUGAUUCGGAAUCUGACGAGUAUGCUUGAGGGUAUGGAUGGGGAGGAGGAAGAGCGGGCGCCGGGUGCGGGUGGGUUUGUUGAGGAAAUGCAGCAGCAGCAUGAGCAAAUGCAAGUGCAGGAUGCUGAGAAGGAGGUGGAUGCCUUGAGUCAUCACUUGGGCGAGGUAGAGCAGCAUGCAGAAGUUCAUGAGCCAUCUAUCGAUCCGAGCCUGGAACAUCUAGGUCAAGCUCCAGCAGCCGACAACCCCAUCACCAGCGACGAGACCAACAAUCACGCACAAGAAGUCGACGCAGCGCACGAAGAGCAUGGCACGGCCGGCGAACAACUAAUCACCCUACCAGACGGUCAACAGAUCGACAUGGCAGAAGCAAUGAAAGUGCUUGCGUCGAUGAACAUCGAUCUUGAAGCCGAGGGCGUGGACCAGACUGCUUUGUUGCAGGCCUUUAGCUCGUUGCUGGAGAAGCCCACGGAUGCGGCUGCAGAGGAGGAGCAGGUCGUCGACGCCGGUGCAGAUCUGUCGUCGCAUACUGUCACAAACAGUAAGCGUCCGCGAGAAGAUGCGGACGACGACGAUGUCGCUCGUCCUGCGCCUGCUUCGCGCUUAUCGACCCUCGAAGCAUACACCCUCGCAGUCGGCACCGCAGCACCUCCCCCUCUUCCCCGCCCCGGAGCCUACAUCCCCCCCUCCCCGAUCCCGCUCCCCCCUCGUCCGGCAAGCAAACUGCCCGACAUCCCACGCCCGUCCUUCUUCGGCGCGCCGCCGAAACCGGCAACGCCCGUCAGCGGCGCCGAGAGCGAGGACGAUCGGAUGAAGAAGAUUAAAGCGCUCGGGUUCCCGCCUGGUCCGGCGUCGCUCAAGCCGCCUUCGCCUGCGCUCUCUUUGACUGCGGCGAGAAUACCCGCGCUACCGCCGCCGUCGCUGAUGGCGUCUUCCACUGGACGGAAACAGUCUGCGGGGGAUGAACAUGAGGCUUUGAGUAGUCCGUUGGCUACAUCUACUCCUGUCGCAUCCGGAUCCGCUGCUGCUGCUGCUGAUGUCACGUCUGAUGCUGCUGCUACCACCCCCACAACCACUCCAGCAGCUCCACUCCCCGCAGCAGUCGACGUGCUAGAACAACACACCCCUCACCCCGCCGAAAUCACCGUCAGCGAAGUUCACUAA